AUGGCCAUCGAAACCGUCCUCACGCAGAAGCUCGGCAUCCGCAUCCCCGUCGUACAGGGCGGCAUGAUGUGGGUCGGCCUGCCCAAACUCGUCGCGGCCGUCUCGAACGCAGGAGGACUCGGGAUCUUGACGGGUCUCACGGCUGGCACGCCCGAGCAGCUGCGCAACUCGAUCCGCGAGACGCGAAAGCUCACCGACAAGCCUUUCGCCGUCAACCUCACGUUCCUCCCCUCGAUCUCUCCCCCUCCCUACGAACAAUACGCCAAAGUCAUCAUCGAAGAAGGCAUCAAAGUAGCCGAGACGGCCGGCGGUCCUGCCGCGAUUCCCAUCAUCAAGAUGUACAAAGAGGCCGGGAUCUUUGUCAUUCACAAGUGCACGAGUAUCAGGCAUGCGCAGGCGGCGGAGAAGGUGGGCGUUGACAUGCUCAGCAUCGACGGCUUCGAAUGCGCCGGCCACCCGGGCGAAGACGACGUCGGAGGCCUCUUGCUCCUCGCUCUCGCCGCCCGAAAGCUCAAGACGCCCUACAUCGCUUCGGGCGGGAUCGGCGACGGACGUGGACUUGCGGCUGCGAUUGCACUCGGCGCGGCGGGCGUCAACUGCGGGACGGUGUUCAUGGCGACUAAGGAGAGUUAUGUGCAUGACAACAUCAAGCAAGCGAUGGUCCAAGCCGACGAGCGCAGCACGACGCACAUCUUCCGCACCCUGCGCAACACCGCGCGCGUCUUCAAGAACAAAGUCGCGGAGGAGGUCGUCGCGAAGGAACGUAGGCCUGGGGGCGUCGAGUUCCCCGAGAUUGCGCCCCUCGUCUCCGGCGCACGCGGGAAGAAGGUCUACGACAACGGCGACCCCGACGCAGGCGUCUGGUCCGCAUCGGGCGUGAUGGGCCUCAUUGAUGAUGUCCCGAGCUGCGAGGAACUCUUGAAGAGGAUGGAGAGGGACGCGGAGAAGGUUUUGUUGGAGUCGGCAGCGAAGGUUAAGAGGGAGAGCAAGUUGUGA